AUGGAGUUGGUCGUGCCGGGCGAUCGGUUGCCUGCCCUUACACAUAUUCUUUCCUGUCUAUAUCGAUGGCAUGAUCACUGCUGGAUGAGCGUGUACCGUGACGAGCCGCAGCCAAUGGACGGCGGCGAACGAUCCCCUGGCGCCACCGAGGCACCCCAAGUUCACUUCUCCGCAGUGAAUGCCUCAGGCUCAGCCUAUGCACUCUUUGUACUUCCAUCAACCUUCUUUGAUCAUUUGGUCUUGCACGAUGCCUCUCUUUUUGAGUGCUUACUGCAUGUCAAGACUCUUUUGAACAUACUGCGGACCAAGGGACCAAUCCUUCGGUGUACCUUUGCUACCUCAUCUGACAAUGCCUCCAAUCGAUUGGUGCUUACGCUAGAUUGCGAACACGGUGUACGCAAGCGGCACAAGUUGACGUACGAAGACCGUGCAUGCCUCUUCCCUGCUGUUGAGGCUGAUGCGCCGUAUGUACUAGCUGUACUCCCAUCUCGUGCGCGCGAAUGGACCGAGCAUUUCAUGCAGGCAGGCAAAUCGGGCGAGUGCUCGUUGCAUGCCACGCCAAAUGCUUGUGCAAUCCGGAGCAAAAUGGACGGGCCACUUGAUGGCCAAGUCCGCCAAUCGAUCCAGAGCGAAGUUCGGAUACCCAUGGAAGAGUUGGAUCGAUAUGCCGUCACGGAUGAUACCCAAGUCUACUUCUCGCUAUGGGAAUUUCGCGCUGCCGUUGCUGCAGCAGAAAUGCUAGACUCUCAACUGACAUUGGAAUUUUUUCAAGGUGGGGAUCCCCUGUUCUUACGACUUGAGACGAUGGAGGGUCUUCGUGGUGACUUCAUUUUGGCUACGACGGGGGAGCCUCAGGCGACGCCGGCACCACGAAAACGAACAGCGCCUCGCCAGGAAACACGCCAUGCACGUCCUGCUACCAUUGCUAUGCCGGCGGCACAAGAUGUUCCGCCGCCACCUUCAGCACACCCACGCUCAACAAGGGUGAAAGACGAUAGCGACGAUGACGAUGAUGAUUUGCUCCCAGUUCGCGCUGUCCGCCCCAAGACAGAGCCUCUAAGCCCCGGUAGGCUCUCAGCAUCACCUCCUAUCCGCUCUACACCCCCACAGCCAUCCGCCUCUGCGACACCAUCGCCCACGCAGCGUAUCGCGCCUACCCCGGCCGAGGUCAGUGGGAGCCACGACGAACACCCCUCCACGCUCUUCGACGCGGCCCCGCUCUCGCCACCUUGGCCAUCGCAAGACCGUACCAGUCCUACGCCGGAGGAAUGGCCGCCUACGCAAGCUUCAUCCAGUAGUCACUCCGCACGGCCUCGCAAACCGUUCCAGCCACUAUUUUUGUAG